AUGACGCAGGAUCCUAGCCAGGUGGCUGAGCUCUGCAAAGCGCUUGAAGCUGCGAAGGGCAAAGGCAGAGGCGGUAAGAAGGGGGGCUACUCGUGCAAGAAAACGACUUUCCCCGUCGAAGGGUCCUCGGGUAUCACUGUUGAUUCAUGGCGUUUCAACGACUGGGACUACAAACGGGACGACCUGCCGACCUAUGCACGCGGGCUCUUCACAACCAGACGAUCCGAUGGAACCCAUGAGAUUGCCGUCCGGGGCUACGACAAGUUUUUCAAUGUCGACGAAGUGCCCAGCACGAAAUGGGAGAAUAUCGAACGAGAUACGAUGGGCCCAUAUGAACUCAGCGUCAAAGAAAAUGGCUGUAUUAUCUUCAUGUCUGGCCUCGAGGAUGGAACGCUUCUUGUUUGCAGCAAACAUUCGACCGGUGCUCGUUCUGACAUCACCCAAAGUCAUGCCCUCGUAGGAGAGAAGUGGGCGAAGCAACACGUGGAAGGCGUGGGAAAGACUACUCGAGAUCUAGCGAAAGCGUUACGGGCAUUGAACGCAACCGCGGUUGGUGAACUGUGCGAUGAUGAAUUUGAAGAACAUGUCCUUGAAUACCCCCCGGAACGCGCUGGUCUAUACCUCCACGGCAUCAACCUCAACUUGCCCGAAUUUGCCACACUAUCCGGACCAGAAGUACAUGAGUUUGCUGACAACUGGGGCUUCAAGAAAGCUCAGUAUAUUAUCAUUCGAUCUCUCGAUGAGGUCAAAACAUUUCUUCACAAGUGUGCCGAGACCGGUUCUUGGGAAGGUCGAGACACGGAAGGGUUCGUCGUCAGAUGCAAGAAGAGGAGUCGAGACCACAGCCAUGUAGACGACUGGUUUUUCAAGUACAAGUUUGAGGAGCCAUAUUUGAUGUACCGACAAUGGCGUGAGGCUACCAAAGCCAUCAUCGCCGGAAACACCCCGAGAAUCAAGAAGCACAAGAAAAUAACAGAAGAGUACCUUCUCUACGCCCGCCGCCAACUGGCCAAAGACCCGACAUUGGGAAAGGCCUACAAUCAAAAUCAUGGAAUCAUCAAGAUGCGCGAUGGCUUUCUCGCGGAGAAGGGGCAGAAGGGCUCGGACCUCAUUGCGCAAGAGCGGGCACAAGGAAAUGGGCCAACUGAGGACGACACGGGCGCAAACGUUGUUCUGGUGCCAAUCGCAACAAUCGGAUGUGGCAAAACCACGGUUGCAACUGCACUGGUGAAGCUCUUCGGCUUUGGACACGUUCAAAACGACAACAUCGAGGGACAGAGAGGCCGGCCACAGCGUUUUGCCAAUGCCAUCACCAAUGCCCUGGCAGGACACAAGGUGGUGAUCGCUGACCGGAGCAACCACCAGAAGCGAGAACGGCAACAACUCAUCAACGAUGUCAGCAGGGUGGUUCCAGACGCUCGAUUUGUGGCCUUGCAUUAUGUGCACGAACCGAAAGCGCAGAUGCUAGAUGAGAUCCGUCGAGUCACCCGUCAGCGAGUGCUUGACCGCGGAGACAAUCAUCAGACCAUCCGGGCAAGCAGCAAGAGCUCGAGUGAGAUCACCGAAAUCAUGGAUGGGUUUUUGUAUCGAUUCCAAGGAUGCGAUACCAAUGGCCCGCCGGACUCUGAGUUUGACGAGGUGAUCAACCUGGAUGUUUGUGCAUCAUCACUGCAAAACCUGGAGACGAUUGUUACCCGUUUGUACAACGCCUACCCGGGACUGCUGCCAGACGAGAUGCCCGGAGAGCAGGACAUGCAAGCGGCGAUUGACUAUGCUCUGAACGCCGAGGUCAAAACCAAGCACGAUUUGUCGUUCGGCAAACCAGCCCAGGCGGGGAAGAAGCAGAAUCAGACGAAGCUGCCACUGAGCCAGGCUGCAGAAAAAGUGCUGACACCAGAACAGUUGAUCAGCAAACUGGAAUACUUCAGCGUGCCAGUAUCUGUGACUAACAUCAAUUCCAUUCUCUCGUCCCUGUUCAAGCAGGCCAGCCCAGAAGAAAGCCGUAUGUACCUGACGUUGAAACAGGCACAGCGCAUUCAAAGUGAAUUUCAUGUGACCCUAAUUCAUCGAGCGUCGGCACAACAACAUCCUGACCUGUGGCAGCUGUACAUUGAGGAAUACCGGAAGGCCAUUGCCAUAGUUGACCUCAAGGACAAGAACAAGCUGGUGCCCAGCCUGGGGUCGGCACGAAUCAAGUUGGAGAGGCUGGUCUGGGAUGACCGUAUCAUGGCGUUUGUGAUACGAAUCUACCCGGCCGCAGGCGGACCUCUCUGGCCCAGUGCCAACCCAGUCACGCAUAUCACGGUGGGGACUGCGCGACAAGACGUCAAACCAGUAGAGAGCAAUAACCUUCUGGCUCGGUGGGAGGCCGGUGACCAAAGUGGAGGUAUCAUUUAUGACAAGGAGGUGCCAGGAGGAAUUAUUCUCGAGGGCAGCGUCAAGCCGGUCUUCCAACGCCACUUUUUGGACGGGCGGUAG